AUUAAACAGGAAAUAUAUUGAAAGCAGUUGUUAACAUUGUGAAGUUUAUCAUGUAACCCCCAUGUUGACAGAUAUUAUUAUGGUUUUUAUAAUAAUGAGGCUUCUAGCAGACUCUGAAUGCUCUUUGGGAGGGUAAUCUUUGUAGAUUUUUUUUUUCUUCUGUUGCUCUUCAGUUGCAGUGCUUCAAAUGUGGCUGACAGACUGCCACGCGAUGUGGUUUUCCAAACAUGUCUAUUUAAAAGUUUUGAAAUGUUUCUGAUAACAUCAGCUAAUGUAUAGCUUGUCUUAUAAUCAUUUUGUCAAAUGUACUAUGUCAAAAAGUGCAUUUUAAAAAUUCAAAACUGCGUAUUGGAGAAAAAAAAAAAAAAAAAAAAAAAAAAAACAACUCAGCAGUUUACAGUCAAUAAAGUGUUUUUCAAAAGUAUAUGGCUGAGUUUAAGUGAGAAGUGUGACUGCAGAGCAAUUUUCAGCCAUCACACUUUUUUCUGUUUUCAGAUGAAACUGGUGGGGUGUGACAGGGUGGUGAAGAAAAACAAUAUUAGUGGUUCACGAUUCCUGAAUAUGACUGAUAAAGACAUUAAGAAGUUCCCCACAGCACAAAUCCCACUUAUCACAAAGAUCUGCAAAGAUAUUAACCAGAAUAACAAACAAAAGAAGAGUCUGUUUCACAGAUCAGAUCAUCGGAUGCCUCCGAACCAAGCAGAACCUAGUCCAGGAGGUUGGGAUUCUGAUGAAUUUGACCACGAAGAAAGUGACAAUGACUAUGAGGAGCCAGAUAUAAAUGAGUGUGAAGACAAUUACAUAUGUGCAGCAUCAUGUGAUAUUGAGGAAGCUGUGAAUUCUGAUGAUGACUAUGAACCACCGCCUAGUGAAAUACCCUCUGAAGUACCAACUCACUUUCGUGUUGCCAAACCUCUGGGUGAUGGAGAUUAUUUAGACAGCGGCCCACGUGGUUCUGCAAGACCACCCCAGGACAACAGGACAUCUCUUCCCAGAGGGCUUAUGAAUAUAUCUAAGCCUCCAUCACGACCGGAUCCCUCUCCACACAGGCCUUUUGUUCCCCCAAAUCAAUCCAGACCUGGUCCAGCUGUGCCAAAGGUAGAUCGCAGUAAGAAACCUGGCUCAUCUGCUCAGUUAAAAAAAGAUACUGGCAAAUCAGCAAGAAACGCCCUACCAAUGGCUUCUAAAUCAGCAACAUUUCCCACACAAAGGUUUGACAUCCAACAAAGGGAUGAUUUACCUCCUCCUCCACCUUUAAAUGUGAUGAUGGGACAGGACAUGGAUCCACAGUGGUAUGUGGGGCAAAUGACACGAUCAGAGGCCGAAGUCUCACUCAGAAAAGUGAAUAAAGAUGGCACUUUCUUGGUGAGAGACAGCUCGAAGGGCUGCACAGAGCAGCCAUACACACUCAUGGUGCUGCACCAGCAAAAAGUGUACAACAUCCAGAUCCGUUACCUUGGAAACAGUGAUGGAUAUUCCCUGGGCACAGGCCUAAAUGGCAUUGAGAAUUUCUCCAGUGUCAUGGACAUGGUCGCGCACCACUCAAAUACCCCACUCGUUCUGAUAGAUGGAUUGGAGCGUGGAGCUGGACCUCAGCGGCAGUGCUGUCUUAUGCACCCAGCAGGUUUUUGACCCACAGAACAAUCUUAUUUAUAAUACCCAGUUAGCAUCAUAAUUCUGACUGGGUUCCAGUAUCAAAAGGAUUUUCAUGGAAUUCAGACACUUUGUCUGGAUAAUGAGCAUUUAUAAUGUUGGCAUUCAACGCCAGGAUACUCAUCUCUCCUUCAGAAAAAUAAAGUACAUGACUAAAUUAAUAAAUCAUAUUUAGUUUGAUUCAAUCAGACAGGACUGUCUACACUUUUUAUAUUAAAGAUACAUUUUUAAACACUUUCAAUGUUAAAAUCAAGAGGCAUUCUUACACUCAAUGUUAGCUAGAGGCAACUUUACUUAACUCUUAAACUGUACAUUUGUCUGUUUUAACUUAAAUAUUCCUAAUGGUUUUAGUGUUUUGUCUUAAUGUUGCCUAUUAAAUUGUGCUUUUUAAGUAUAUUAUAACUCCA